AUGUCUACCAAGAAAAGGAGGAUUCAUACAGGAAAAAAUAAAAAGAAGUCCUGGAGAAAGACCGAUAUUCGAGAUGUGGAAGAAUAUUUGGACGAUGUUAGGCACCAGGAACGUACUGGUGGAAUUCUUGAAAAUAAAAAAAAUGAAAAUCUCUUCUUUGUUGACAAAUCUGUUGAUAAGAAACCAAAGAAAAUUUCAGCCAUUGAAAGGAGAAGAUUGCGAAAACUUGAUAAGCCCCUCAAAUGCUACAGCCAUCUUCAACCAGAUGACAAAGUUCAGCCUCCCACUAUUCCAAACAGAACUGUUCAAAGAAAGCCAGUGUUUAAGAUGAAACGUUUGGCUGAGAAAGGUCCAACUAAACAAGAACUUCAGACCAUUGCACGACGGGCAAAAGCUGUUCGGGAACUAAAAAAGAAGAAAAUUUCUUGCCGGUCGCUUCGUGUCAUUGAUUUUGAUCUUUGGGAUAAUUUCAAAGAUGAAAAUGAAGGUGAGGAUCCUUUCUACUUAGAAUACACAAAGAAAAAAAGAGUAAAGACCCCAAACACUUAUACCAAAAAACCAUCUGAACUGCCAGCAGUGAUAGUGCCACAUCCUGGAGCUUCCUACAAUCCUGCUUAUGAAGACCAUCAAGAAUUAUUGGGUCAAGCAUAUAAGAUUGAAAUACGACGAGAAAAUAGACAAAAGAAAUUACAUGAAGCAUUGGAUGCCAUGUUUCCAACAGCUGAAAAUGCGCCCACUAAGUUUCUUUUCUUUUUCUUCCUUCUUUGUUUCUUUUCUUUUUCUUCCUUCUUUGUUUCUUUUCUUUUUCUUCCUUCUUUGUUUCUUUUCUUUUUCUUCCUUCUUUGUUUCUUUUCUUUUUCUUCCUUCUUUGUUUCUUUUCUUUUUCUUCCUCCUUUGUUUCUCUUCUUUUUCUUCCUCCUUUGUUUCUCUUCUUUUUCUUCCUCCUUUGUUUCUCUUCUUUUUCUUCCUCCUUUGUUUCUCUUCUUUUUCUUCCUCCUUUGUUUCUCUUCCUCCUUUGUUUCUCUUCCUCCUUUGUUUCUCUUCUUUCUUUGUUUCUCUUCUUUCUUUGUUUCUCUUCUUUCUUUGUUUCUCUUCUUUCUUUGUUUCUCUUCCUUCUUUUUUCUUUUUCUUUGUUUCUCUUCUUUCUUUUUUUCUCUUCUUUCUUUGUUUCUCUUCCUUCUUUUUCUUCCUUCUUUGUUUCUCUUCCUUCUUUUUCUUCCUUCUUUGUUUCUCUUCUUUUUCUUCCUCCUUUGUUUCUCUUCUUUUUCUUCCUCCUUUGUUUCUCUUCUUUUUCUUCCUCCUUUGUUUCUCUUCUUUUUCUUCCUCCUUUGUUUCUCUUCUUUUUCUUCCUCCUUUGUUUCUCUUCUUUUUCUUCCUCCUAGGUUUCUUUCUUUGUUUCUCUUCUUUCUUUGUUUCUCUUCUUUCUUUGUUUCUCUUCCUUCUUUGUUUCUCUUCCUUCUUUGUUUCUCUUCUUUUUCUUCCUCCUUUGUUUCUCUUCUUUUUCUUCCUCCUUUGUUUCUCUUCCUCCUUUGUUUCUCUUCCUCCUUUGUUUCUCUUCCUUCUUUGUUUCUCUUCCUUCUUUUUCUUCCUCCUUUGUUUCUCUUCCUCCUUUGUUUCUCUUCUUUCUUUGUUUCUCUUCUUUCUUUGUUUCUCUUCUUUCUUUGUUUCUCUUCCUUCUUUGUUUCUCUUCCUUCUUUGUUUCUCUUCCUUCUUUGUUUCUCUUCCUUCUUUGUUUCUCUUCCUUCUUUGUUUCUCUUCCUUCUUUUUCUUCCUCCUUUGUUUCUCUUCCUCCUUUGUUUCUCUUCCUUCUUUUUCUUCCUUCUUUGUUUCUCUUCCUCCUUUGUUUCUCUUCCUCCUUUGUUUCUCUUCCUCCUUUGUUUCUCUUCCUUCUUUGUUUCUCUUCCUUCUUUUUCUUCCUCCUUUGUUUCUCUUCCUCCUUUGUUUCUCUUCUUUCUUUGUUUCUCUUCUUUCUUUGUUUCUCUUCUUUCUUUGUUUCUCUUCCUUCUUUGUUUCUCUUCUUUCUUUGUUUCUCUUCUUUCUUUGUUUCUCUUCUUUCUUUGUUUCUCUUCCUUCUUUGUUUCUCUUCCUUCUUUGUUUCUCUUCCUUCUUUGUUUCUCUUCCUUCUUUGUUUCUCUUCCUCCUUUGUUUCUCUUCCUUCUUUUUCUUCCUCCUUUGUUUCUCUUCUUUCUUUGUUUCUCUUCUUUCUUUGUUUCUCUUCUUUCUUUGUUUCUCUUCCUUCUUUGUUUCUCUUCUUUUCUUUCCUUUCUUUCUUUUCUUUUUGUUUCUCUUCUUCUUUUCUUCCUCUUUGUUUCUCUUCCUUUUGUUUCUCUUCUUUCUUUGUUUCUCUUCCUUCUUUUUUCUCUUCCUUUUUGUUUCUCUUCCUCCUUUGUUUCUCUUCCUCUUUUCUCUUCUUCUUUUUUGUUUCUCUUCCUUCUUUUGUUUCUCUUCUUCUUUUGUUUCUCUUCUUUUUGUUUCUCUUCUUCCUUUUGUUUCUUUUCUUCCUUUUUGUUUCUCUUCCUUCUUUUUCCUUCUUUUCUUUCUUUUCUUUGUUUCUCUUCUUUUCUUUUUCUUCCUUCUUUGUUUCUCUUCCUUCUUUUCUUCCUUCUUUGUUUCUCUUUUUUUUUUCUUUUCUUCUUUUGUUUCUUUUCUUCCUUUUUGUUUCUCUUCCUUCUUUUUCUUCUCUUCUUUGUUUCUCUUCCUUCUUUUUUCCUUUUUGUUUCUCUUCUUCCUUCUUUUGUUUCUCUUCUUUCUUUUGUUUUUUCUUCUUUCUUUGUUUCUCUUCCUUCUUUUUGUUUCUCUUCUUUUUGUUUCUCUUCCUCCUUUUCUUUUUUCUUCCUUGUUUUUCUUCCUCCUUUGUUUCUUUUCCUUCUUUGUUUCUCUUCCUUCUUUUUCUUCUUCCUUCUUUCUCUUCCUCCUUUGUUUCUCUUCCUUCUUUUUUCUCUUCUUCUUUGUUUCUCUUCCUUCUUUUUCUUCCUCCUUUGUUUCUCUUCCUCCUUUUGUUUCUCUUCUUUCUUUUUUCUCUUCCUUCUUUGUUUCUCUUCUUUCUUUGUUUCUCUUCCUUUUUGUUUCUCUUCCUCCUUUGUUUCUCUUCCUCCUUUUUGUUUUUCUUCCUCCUUUGUUUUCUUCCUUCUUUUUUUUUCUUCCUCCUUUGUUUCUCUUCUUUCUUUUGUUUCUCUUCUUUCUUUUGUUUCUCUUCUUUCUUUGUUUCUCUUCCUUCUUUGUUUCUCUUCCUUCUUUGUUUCUCUUCUUUUCUUCCUCCUUUGUUUCUCUUCCUCCUUUGUUUCUCUUCCUCCUUUGUUUCUCUUCCUUCUUUGUUUCUCUUCCUUCUUUUUCUUCCUCCUUUGUUUCUCUUCCUCUUUUUUCUCUUCUUCUUUGUUUCUCUUCUUUCUUUGUUUCUCUUCUUUCUUUGUUUCUCUUCCUUCUUUGUUUCUCUUCUUUUUCUUCCUCCUUUGUUUCUCUUCCUCCUUUGUUUCUCUUCCUUCUUUUUCUUCCUCCUUUGUUUCUCUUCCUCCUUUGUUUCUCUUCUUUCUUUGUUUCUCUUCCUUCUUUGUUUCUCUUCCUUCUUUGUUUCUCUUCCUCCUUUGUUUCUCUUCCUCUUUUGUUUCUCUUCCUCUUUUGUUUCUCUUCCUCUUUUGUUUCUCUUCCUUGUUUCUCUUCCUUCUUUUUCUUCCUCCUUUUGUUUCUCUUCCUCCUUUUUCUCUUCCUUUUUUUCUUCCUUCUUUGUUUCUUUUCCUUUCUUUUCUUUCUUCUUCUUUCCUUCUUUCUUCUUUUCUUCCUUCCUUUUCUCUUCCUUCUUUUUCUUCCUUCUUUGUUUCUCUUCCUUCUUUUUUCCUCCUUUUUUUCUUUUCCUUCUCUUCUUCCUUCUUUGUUUCUCUUCCUUCUUUGUUUCUCUUCUUUGUUUCUUCUUUGUUUCUCUUCUUUGUUUCUCUUCCUUCCUUUUCUUGUUUCUCUUCCUUCUUUGUUUCUCUUCUUUUUUUCUCUUUGUUCUCUUUCCUUCUUUUUUUUUCUUCCUUCUUUUUGUUCUCUUCUUUUCUUCCUCCUUUGUUUCUCUUCUUUUCUUCCUUCUUUCUUUCUCUUCUUUUUCUUCCUUCUUUGUUUCUCUUCCUUUUCUUUGUUUCUCUUCCUUCUUUUUUCUCUUCUUUCUUUGUUUCUCUUCUUUCUUUUUUCUCUUCUUUCUUUGUUUCUCUUCCUUCUUUGUUUCUCUUCCUUCUUUUUCUUCCUUCUUUGUUUCUCUUCCUUCUUUUUCUUCCUUCUUUGUUUCUCUUCCUUCUUUUCCUUCUUGUUUCUCUUCUUUGUUUCUCUUCCUUCUUUGUUUCUCUUCUUUGUUUCUCUUCCUUCUUUGUUUCUCUUUUUUUUUUCUUUUUUUUCUCUUUUUUAGUUCUCUUCCUUCUUUGUUUCUCUUCCUUCUUUGUUUCUCUUCUUUUUGUUUCUCUUCCUUCUUUUUCUUCCUUCUUUGUUUCUCUUCCUUCUUUGUUUCUCUUCCUUCUUUUUCUUCCUUCUUUGUUUCUCUUCCUUCUUUUUCUUCCUUCUUUGUUUCUCUUCCUUCUUUUUCUUCCUUUUUUUCUUCCUUCUUUGUUUCUCUUCCUUCUUUGUUUCUCUUCUUUCUUUGUUUCUCUUCCUUCUUUGUUUCUCUUCCUUCUUUGUUUCUCUUUUUGUUUCUCUUCCUUCUUUGUUUCUCUUCCUUGUUUUCUUCCUUCUUUGUUUCUCUACUUUGUUUCUCUUCCUUCUUUGUUUCUCUUCUUUGUUUCUCUUCCUUCUUUGUUUCUCUUCUUUGUUUCUCUUCCUUCUUUUUCUUCCUUCUUUUUUUCUCUUCCUUCUUUUUCUUCCUUCUUUCUCUUCCUUCUUUGUUUCUCUUCCUUCUUUGUUUCUCUUCCUUCUUUGUUUCUCUUCUUUCUUUGUUUCUCUUCUUUCUUUGUUUCUCUUCCUUCUUUGUUUCUCUUCCUUCUUUUUUCCUUCCUUCUUUCUCUUCCUUCUUUUUUCCUUCUUUUUCUUCCUUCUUUGUUUCUCUUCUUUGUUUCUCUUCCUUCUUUCUCUUCCUUCUUUGUUUCUCUUCCUUCUUUGUUUCUCUUCUUUGUUUCUCUUCCUUCUUUGUUUCUCUUCUUUGUUUCUCUUCCUUCUUUGUUUCUCUUCUUUGUUUCUCUUCCUUCUUUGUUUCUCUUCUUUGUUUCUCUUCUUUGUUUCUCUUCCUUCUUUUUCUUCCUUCUUUGUUUCUCUUCCUUCUUUUUCUUCCUUCUUUGUUUCUCUUCCUUCUUUUUUUCUCUUCUUUUUCUUCUUUUUUCUUUCUUUUCUUCCUUUUGUUUCUCUUCCUCCUUUGUUUCUCUUCCUUCUUUGUUUCUCUUCCUUCCUUUUUUUUCUCUUCUUUUUCUUCCUUCUUUGUUUCUCUUCUUUUUCUUCCUUGUUUGUUUUCUUCUUUUUGUUCCUUCUUUUUCUUCUCUUCUUUUUUUUCCUUUUUGUUUCUCUUCCUUCUUUGUUUCUCUUCUUUCUUUGUUUCUCUUCUUUCUUUGUUUCUCUUCCUUCUUUCUCUUCCUUCUUUUUCUCUUCUUCUUUUCUUUUUCUUCUUCUUUUUUCUCUUCCUUCUUUGUUUCUUUUGUUUCUCUUCCUUCUUUUUUUUUCUUUUUUCUUCCUUCUUUGUUUCUCUUUUUUGUUUCUCUUUUUUGUUUCUCUUCCUUCUUUGUUUCUCUUCUUUGUUUCUCUUCCUUCUUUGUUUCUCUUCCUUCUUUGUUUCUCUUCCUUCUUUGUUUCUCUUCUUUUUGUUUCCUUCUUUGUUUCUCUUCCUUCUUUUUCUUCCUUCUUUGUUUCUCUUCUUUUUUUCUUCCUUUGUUUUUCUUCUUUUUUUCUUCCUUCUUUGUUUCUCUUCCUUCUUUGUUUCUCUUUUGUUUCUCUUCCUUCUUUGUUUCUCUUCUUUCUUUCUUUCUUCUUUGUUUCUUUUUUUUUCUUCUCCUUCUUUUUCUUCCUUCUUUUUCUUCCUUCUUUGUUUCUCUUCCUUCUUUGUUUCUGUUCCUUCUUUUUUUCCUUCUUUGUUUCUCUUCCUUCUUUUCUUUCUUCUUUGUUUCUCUUCUUCUUUCUUCCUUCUUUUCUUUCCUUUUUGUUUCUCUUCCUUCUUUUCUUUUCUUUCUUUCUUUCUUUGUUUCUCUUUUUGUUUCUCUUCUUUCUUUUGUUUCUCUUUUUGUUUCUCUUCUUUCUUUUGUUUCUCUUUUUGUUUCUCUUCUUUCUUUUGUUUCUCUUUUUGUUUCUCUUCUUUCUUUUGUUUCUCUUCCUUCUUUUCUUCCUUCUUUGUUUCUCUUCCUUCUUUUUCUUCCUUCUUUGUUUCUCUUCCUUCUUUUUCUUCCUUCUUUUUUUCUUUCCUUCUUUGUUUCUCUUCCCUUCUUUGUUUCUCUUUGUUUCUCUUCCUUCUUUUGUUUCUCUUCUUUGUUUCUCUUCCUUCUUUGUUUCUCUUUUGUUUCUCUUCCUUCUUUGUUUCUCUUCUUUUUUCUUUCUUCCUUUUCUUUCUUUUUCUUCCUUCUUUGUUUCUCUUCCUUCUUUGUUUCUCUUCCUUCUUUGUUUCUCUUCCUUCUUUUUCUUCCUUCUUUGUUUCUCUUCUUUGUUUCUCUUCCUUCUUUUUCUUCCUUCUUUGUUUCUCUUCCUUCUUUUUCUUCCUUGUUUCUCUUCCUUCUUUGUUUCUCUUCUUUGUUUUUCUUCCUUCUUUGUUUCUCUUCUUUGUUUCUCUUCCUUCUUUGUUUCUCUUCUUUGUUUCUCUUCCUUCUUUCUCUUCCUUCUUUGUUUCUCUUCCUUUUUUCUUUUUCUUCUUUUUUUUUCUUUUUUUCUUCUUUUUCUUUCUUUUUCUUUCUUUUUCUUUCUUUUCUUUUAUCCUUUCUUUAA